AGCUACAGACAUGCUGAGAAAAAUCACUCAACAUUUACAUCAUCCGACAAACAGAUUUUUCACAACCCACCAACUAAUUAAAACAUAUUGUUCGAACACUCAACUAAAUCAUGCAUUGCAAGAAAUGUCGGUGCAGGGACUCGGCAUGCAAUUCAAAGACUAUGAUUCUCUGUUAAACGAAUGUGUGAAUCAAAAGUCUUUGAUUGGAGGCCAAAGGGUGCAAGCCCACAUGAUUAAAACUCAUUAUCUCCCCCCUGUGUACCUCAGAACCAGGCUGAUCGUGUUCUACUUGAAGUGUGAGGUUUUGCGUGAUGCCAGAAUGGUGUUCGAUGAAAUGCCUGAAAGAAAUGUCGUCUCUUGGACCGCUAUGAUUUCUGGGUACACCAAAUGUGGGCUGUACUCUGAUGCUCUAACUCUCUUUGUUCAGAUGCUUAGAUCAGGUACUUACCCGAACGAGUUCACUUUUGCAACGGUGCUCACCUCUUGUGUCGGUGCUUCUGGUUUCGAACAUGGCCGGCAAAUACACUCACUCAUCAUUAAAACCCCUUUUGAAUUCCACAUAUUUGUCGGUAGCUCACUUCUCGACUUAUACGCCAAAGCUGGAAAAAUCCACGAAGCCCAUACCGUAUUCGAAGCUCUGCCGGAGAGAGACGUUGUUUCUUGCACUGCAAUUAUUUCCGGCUAUGCUCAGUUAGGACUCGAUAAAGAAGCACUCGAGCUAUUCUGUGCACUGCAGAAAGAAGGAAUGCCUUCAAACUUCGUUACUUACGCCAGUGUUAUAACUGCAUUAUCAGGGCUUGCUGCAUUCGAAUACGGAAGGCAAGUGCACGCACAUGUUCUUCGAUCCGAACUAUCUUCUUACAUCGUCCUACAAAAUUCGUUGAUUGAUAUGUACUCAAAAUGUGGGAACCUCUCGUAUGCUAGGAAGGUGUUCGAGAUAAUGCCUGAGAGAACUGUGAUCUCUUGGAACGCUAUGCUCUCAGGGUACAGUAAGCAUGGAAUUGGGAAAACCGUAGUAGACUUAUAUAAUAGGAUGAAUACCGAAAAUAAAGUCAAACCCGAUAGCACCACUCUUUUGACUGUGUUAUCCGGUUGCAGUCAUGGAGGAAUGGAGGAUAUUGGGCUGAAAUUUUUCGAUGAGAUGAAAGGAAGAAGAAACGGGGUUGACCUUAGUAUAGAGCUUUACGGAUGUGUUGUUGACUUACUCGGGCGAGCUGGACAAUUAGAGAGGGCUUUGCAGUUCGUAAAAGAGAUGCCUUUCGAACCAAACGCUGCUAUAUGGGGUUCGCUUAUGGGUGCUUGUAGGGUCCACAAAAACGUGGAAAUCGGAAAGAUUGCUGGGAGGAAAAUUCUUGAAAUAGAACCAGAAAAUGCUGGGAAUUACGUAAUUCUUUGUAAUUUAUAUGCAUGCGAGGGAAAUUGGGAAGAAGUUAGGAAAUUGAGGGAGUUGAUGAAGGAAAAAGCGGUGAUAAAAGAACCAGGGAAGAGCUGGAUCGAGUUUGAUCAUACAAUACAUACGUUUUAUGCUAGUGAUCGAUCGCAUCCCAGAAAAGAAGAGGUGUUUUUGAAGGUAAGAGAAUUAUCGGAUAGGAUUAAGACAGCUGGUUAUUGUCCGGAUUUGAGUUCUGUUUUGUACGAUGUUGACGAGGAGCAGAAAGAAAGGAUGCUUUUAGGGCACAGUGAGAAGCUCGCUUUGGCUUUUGGAAUGAUUAAUGUUUCGGAAACGAAGCCGAUAAGGAUAAUGAAGAACCUUCGGAUUUGCGUGGAUUGCCAUAACUUUGCCAAGUUUGUGUCUGGGGUUUAUGGGAGGGAGGUGUUUGUAAGAGAUAAAAGUAGGUUUCAUCAUAUUGUGAAUGGAGUUUGUUUGUGUGGAGAUUAUUGGUAAAUUUCUUUUAUGGAAAAAUGUAAUGAAUUCUAUUUUCGGUAAAUUAGUUAUGGGCCAAAGGCUCUAAUUUUGUAAAAAAAUUUAAAUAUUCGAAUUUCGUUCGACUAAAUUCGAGGUUGGACGGUUUUACCCUAUUUAUAUAAAUUCGAAGCUAUCAUGAUUUAUAUACAUUCGAGUAAU